AUGUACAUCAAAUUCCCGGAGUUUAUGAGCACCUAUCGCACCUGGGCGAUAUCAUCACUUGCAUCCUCGAUAGUCCUGGUCAGGCUAUUCCCACACCUUGCGAUACGCCACUCCUAUGCUCUGACUGCUUUAGCGAUAUUCUCUUUGUAUUGGGUGGUUUAUGGAAUCUACAGUAUCAUCAUAUGGCCACGAUUCAUCAGCCCUCUUCGACACCUUCCUGGACCGACGGGAGGUUCUUUCUUCAAUGGCCAGUGGUCAGUCCUAGUCGCAGAGCCAUCUGGUAUUCCACCUCGGCGCUGGGCAAAUGAAAUCCCCAACGAUGGCCUUAUCCACUAUCUUCAUAUGUUCAACAAGCCUCGCGUCCUUGUGACCAAUCCCAAGGCUUUAGCAGAGGUCCUGGUCACCAAGAGCUAUGAUUUUGUUAAGCCGAGUUUGAUUCGUUCUGGUAUUGGCAAGAUCCUGGGUAUUGGAAUUCUUUUCGCUGAAGGCGACGAGCACAAAGUACAGCGAAAGAACCUCAUGCCGGCUUUCAAUUUUCGGCAUGUCAAGGAGCUAUAUCCUAUCUUCUGGUCCAAGUCACGUGAAAUGGUGCAUGCCAUCCAAGCAGAGCUGAAAGCGUCAUCGGAACCAAAACCAUCAAUCGAAGUUGGUGAGUGGGGUAGCCGUGCGACACUUGAUAUCAUCGGUGUCGCUGGGCUAGGGAAGGAUUUCGAAGCAUUGAAAUCACCCGAUAACGAGCUCAACAGGGUGUAUCGCACUGUGUUCCAACCAGACCGCGCCGCUCAAAUCAUAGGAUUGCUGUCAAUCUUUCUACCGGAUUUCAUCGUCCAAAAUCUCCCCUUAAGUCGCAACAACAAGGUCGGCGCAGCGUCAAAAGUUGCACGAAGAACAUGUCGAGACCUGAUUGCAGAGAAGCGAAGACGUCUCGCAAACAAAGAGCCCAUGCACCCCGACAUCAUCUCAGUCGCAUUGGAAUCAGGCGGCUUCAGCGACGACGAUCUCGUUAACAACAUGAUGACGUUCCUCGCCGCGGGCCACGAAACCACCGCCUCAGCUUUCAUGUGGGCAACCUACCUCCUAUGCCAACACCCAGACGUCCAGAAAAAACUACGACAAGAAAUCCACACGCACAUCCCCAGCCUCAGCAGCGACAGCGUCGAUCACGAAGUCCUCGACAACAUGCCGUACCUGCACGCCUUCUGCCAAGAAGUCCUGCGAAUCUACUCCCCGGUGCCCCUGACACUGCGGCAGGCGGCAUGCGACACGACAAUUCAAGGGCACUUUAUCCCGAAGAACACGACCGUGAUCCUCGCGCCGUGGGCCACCAACCACAACAUCGAGAUGUGGGGCGAGGACGCCAGCGAGUUCAAGCCUGAGCGGUGGAUGGCGCCAGGGCAGGCAAACGCCGGCGGCGCGGUGAGCAACUACGCGUUCCUGACGUUCUUGCACGGUCCGCGCAGUUGCAUCGGUAUGAAAUUCGCGCAGGCCGAGUUCGCCGCCCUGAUUGCUGCAUUCGUCGGCAGUUUUGAGUGUGAGUUGGUCGAUCCCGAGGAACAGAUCAUCAUCAAGGGUGGCAUUACGGCCAAGCCUAGAAAUGGGAUGAAGGUUUAUUUGAACAAGGUUGGGGACUGGUAG